AUGGCAGCCCCACAAACCCAAACCAAGACCCUGUCCCCGGCGAUGUCAUCGCUGUUGCCCUCCGAUAACUCGCAUUCACCCGCUUCAAGCCAGUCGUUGCGUCUCUCUUCCUUUGACACCGCAAUAACAGCAGGUGACGCUGCAACUUUUGUUACUCGCAUUUCGUCAUCUGCAUCAACAACUCCUUUAGACAUCUCUCCGUCACCCUCUAUUAUUUCUCUCAACACUACAAAUACUUCUACCUCUACUUCCGCCUGUUCUAAUAACAGUCAGACUCCAAUUGAGUCGUUGGGGCGUUAUCCUCUAGACCUCACAGGUCCAAUCCCCGAGGAGCACGACGAGGAAACCGAAGAGACCGGUAGUGAAUCUUUCUCUAACGAACCCGCUACACCAGUUAGCGGGAGACAAUCACGGGAUUUUCGCUAUUGCGAACAGAACGAUACUUACCUGCGUCGCGACUCUAUUACUAAUGGUCUCGCUGCUUCUGCAUCAGGUGUUCAAGAGCAUUCCGAUGUUUCCCUCACUGCUGUAAAUAAAGACGUCACGAACCCGGCUCUUUUAUUCUCUCCUUCAAUUGCUACCCUUCCUCUACCAUCGCAAGUUGCUCUAUUGUCGCCUACGUCUAUCGCACCAGUGGUUUCUCACGAACCAUUAAAUAGACCAUUUUCGACACAAUCUGAAUACAGCCGACCUAAUUCAGAUCGACGCUCAUCAACAACUACAGCUCCAGUAAGAUUUAUUGCGCGACGUUCCUCGUCUGCGCUAUCUAAGAUGGCGUCAAUUUUUAAGCGCAACAGUUACCACGUGGGGGACAGUAGUGUAACAACGGAAUUUAGAGAACCCAAUUACAAUGGAGAGACAUCUGAUUCUACUCUCGCCUCUACCAAUAGGGUAACCCCAAAUGCAAGCCGCCGUCGCUUCUCUUAUCACCGUUCAGUCGCAUCGACAAGAUCUAACACCCCACCGUCACCUGCCUCUCCUUCAGAUUCGCUCCCCAAUUCACAUGAAAAGUCCAAUAACGCGUCUAUACCUACGUCGCGCGACUUUUUAGAAAACAACUCUAAGAAAGCCAGAGCAAACACCGGCCUUUCUAUUCGCAAUAGAGUAGUAGGGUUUGCAUCGACUAAGACUCAUUCACACCGACGAACAAAGAGUCUAGAACGAAAGAAGAAGAACGAGGAGGAACUAACAAGACAGCCAUGGGCAAUUCCUCCGGACGCCGGUACUGGCAUGAAGGCCAGGAGACUAAGUCUCAGUCUUCCCGACGACUUCACGGUUGAUGUUGCGGAUCUCACAAAAGAGUUCGAAUACCAGCACAAAUUCCUAGGUCGCCACGGAAAGCACUUAGGUAAAGGCGCAACAUCAAAAGUUACUCUUAUGGUCCGCAAGGGUAAUCCUGGUGAACUGUACGCUGUUAAGGAAUUCCGCUCCAAGAGCUCGUCGGAAACUACCGAGGAGUACGAGAAGAAGAUAAAAUCCGAGUAUAGCAUCGCAAAGAGUUUACACCAUCCAAACAUUGUCGAGACUGUUCGCUUGUGUACUGACCAUGGACGUUGGAAUCAUGUAAUGGAGUACUGUUCCGAAGGCGACCUUUUCGGCCUGGUUUCGAAGAAGUAUCUCCGAGAAGAGUCUCGCGAGAUUGACCGCAUAUGCUUGUUCAAGCAGCUCUGCCAAGGAAUCAACUAUUUGCAUUCGAAUGGCAUCGCCCACCGGGAUAUCAAACUGGAGAAUCUAUUGAUCACCAAAGAUAGCAAGCUAAAGAUAACGGAUUUUGGUGUUUCUGAAGUCUUCUCCGGUAUACAUCCUGGUCUGCGGGAAGCCGGUGGCCAGUGCGGUGUGGGUAUGGGUGACAUACGUCUCUGCAAACCUGGUAUCUGCGGCAGUCUCCCAUACAUAGCCCCCGAAGUCCUUAGUAAGGAUGUUGACUAUGAUCCCCGCGCCUUGGAUGUUUGGAGUUCGGCUAUUGUCAUGCUGUACCUUGUCUUCAAUGCCAACUUGUGGGAGAAAGCGCAGGCAGGCUUGACAUCCCCAAGUCAAAAAACGUAUAACGAACUCAAUAAUGGUUGGACAAAGAUCAAUGCCAAGAAAGAAGCGAACCCUAGUGCGAUCGGCGAUGAUACCUAUCCCAAAGUUGCUGCGUUUGAGGUAUGCGUCAAACCGGCACCUCUUCGACGUCUGCUAUUGAAGAUGCUCAAUCCCAACCCGAAGAAGCGCAUCACGAUGAGCGAAGUUAUGUCGAAUAGGUGGAUGAAGAACGUCGAGUGCUGCCAGCUGGAGAGCUACGAAGAUCCCACCAAGUUUAUUGAUGCCUCCAAGAAAGACUGGAUGAAGUCGGGUGCAAACAAGAUCUUCUGCCACAACCAUUUACCUCCUAUGAGUACGGGACACGGCCUACCUCCGAUGCCUGGCAAACCCGGCUACUAAGGAGAGACUUUUCUUUCUUCUCUUCGUUGCAUAAACUUUAGGUUACGAUUUGUGUUGAUAUGGCGGCGUUCUACGAAUAUAUCCCGGGAGAUUAGGGAGCAGGCGACAAGGGAUUUUGUCGCAGUGGUCUGCAUUUUUUCUAAACGCGGUCAUGGAUGAUAUAAAGUAUUGGUGCCAACACCGUACAU